AUGGCCGAGAGGAAUGAUCAAGGCAGACUGACGCCAAGUCCUCCCCCGAUCCAGAGUAACGUACAGCCGAACAGCUCUCGCUGGGUGUUACUCUGGUGCCUCGCCAUCACCGCGACGGGGCUCUUGCUCUCGUCCGUCGUCAUUACCGCCUUCGUGACCACCACGCUGCUCAACCCCCGUAGAGUGUGGAGCGUGAUCGAGACCGUGGCACCCCUCUUGCAGAACCCGAACCCGAGCGGCGGCUCGGAGCUUCCCAAGCGCCUCCUGAAUGUCGUGGGGGCGCCGAAAGCCAGCAAACCCUGCGACUCGAUGGCCUGCAUUGAACAAGCUAAACUGCUGCUGCGUCAAAUCAAUGUGUCCAGAGACCCUUGCGAGGACUUCUACUCCUACGUCUGCGAUGACUGGGCAUUAAGGCACCCACUACCACCUGGCGCGGAGCAAGUCUCAGUGGACACUCUCUUGCUGGAUGGCUACACCGAGCUGCUUGCGGCAGGUAUCAGGAAUUUUUCAAGCCAGUUUCCCGAGCUUCAGUUUCUCCUUGACCGCUGUCUGCACCCAGAGUCCACGCUCUUCGACCGCUUGUCGGCCAUGUUCCUGGACGCCACAAACAUCCAUUUCUGGAUGGCUAAGUCGCCCACAAGGCGGGUGUUGCCCGCCGAAGUCGCCCGCAAGCUCGGUCUGGCCUUUCGCGAACUGGGCAUCGACGCCAUCCUGAAGUUUUUUGUCGUCAAGGAUCCCACGAACGAGACCAAACGGUUCAUUGGACUGGGAGAACCAUCGCCUGUUCUGUUACGUGGGCCGCUGGACGAGAAUGAGUACGAAAUGGUCCGCUUGGGCUUUGCCCCUGUACUCAACUUCUUUCAGAAUUUAGUGGACACAGAUAUUCUCCGAUUUGAAGCCCGGCUUUCGCGACUGCUCGUACGACCGCAGCAAGAUUCGGAGUCUCUGGUCAACUGUACGACUAUCAAGGUACGGGAUCUGCCUGCUGUAGAGCGCAUCGACUGGCCCAGCUUCUUUCAGAGUGUGUUCGGCAAGGGGUUGCGACCUAUCACGUCCAGAACGUACCUGAAGUUGGCUUCGCCUGAAUAUCUGUUGCGACUAACGCGGGACGACUUGCUUCGGAACACCAAGGACCUCAUGGGCUACCUAAUGUUUAAGUUAACCAUGGCCCUGUCACCACUCAUGAAGGACGGGGCGGUGCGUAAUGACUUGGCAUCUGUCAGCUACGCCCGACAUCCGGAGUUUGCGCAGGCACUUCCACAGGCCCACUACUGUCUUCGCCUGUUAGACAGGUUCGAACCCAACUUGCCGCUUUACGUAUCUCGUCAUUUCUCGAGAGCACUGUUGGGCGGUGAAGCUCAAGUGGUUGAUCUGGUAUCCACAAUCAAGCUCGUCUUCCUAGAGCACGUGCAAGAACAGCUAGGCAGACCCAGCAGCGAGCUCAAGGCUUUACUUCGAGAGCGGCUUGCCACCGUUUCGUGGGAACCCCUUGUACCGCGUGCUAUGGAAGACGACAGCUUACGAUCCAAGUACACGGAAGGCAUCUACCUAACCAACUCCAAGACGUCCACGGCUCAGUUCUUUUACACCUGGAUCCGGAAGUCGUUCCAAAAGCGACUUCUGGCCCACAUGAACUCCCGGAUGAUGCAUCCGGGUUGGACGGGUGGGUUCCUGACCACCGACGCCAAGCUGGGACCCCCCUUCGAACGCAUCGAGAUCCCACUGCCGGUCUUCGAUUUCUACCUCAACAAAGACCCCUCGCUUCGGCCCCUCCAUGUGCCCCGGGCUGCACCCAGAAUAUACCGGAGUCUGUUCAGGGCAAUUUACCACUGGAUUUACAACUUUGAAUUCCAGAAGGAACGCGGCUACAGCGUGACCCACAACUUGGAUGACCUCCGCUCGUGUCUGGAACGCCAGUACGGUGCCAUGGUGUGGGCUGACAAGCGAGUGCAGCUCAACGCGUCUAGUACGUCCUGGUCUGACCUGUGGGACUUUCUGGCCCUGAAGCCCGCGUACGAAGCGUUCCUCUUGCUUGCCAGCCGCGUGUCUGAAAACUACCGGCUCCGGCUGGUCGAACGCUGGAGCACGAGCCAGUUGUUCUUUGUGUACUACGCGGCAGGCUUCUGCGAGAACAGCAACCGGAGGUUCCUGCGUAAGAUGGCUGCUCAAGGUCCGUCCAGCCCGGCCUGGUUUCGGGUUAACGGACCCCUCCGAAACAUGCCAGAGUUUGUGCAGGCCUUCGGAUGCAAAUCCAACUUUUUUAUGAACCAGGCACCCAAGUGCGCUUUGAAGACGUAA